AUGGUGUAUGAUAACAUGGGCGAGUACUUGAAAGCACUUUCAUACUACGAAAGAUCACUUGAAAUCCGAAAAAUAGCUCUCCCUCCGAAUCAUCCCGAUUUUGCUACUUCCUAUAAUAACAUCGCUUCAGUGUAUUCUCACAUGGGCGACUACUCGAGAGCACUUUCAUACUACGAAAGAUCACUUGAAAUCCGAAAAAUAGCCCUCCCUCCGAAUCAUCCCAACUUGGCUACUUCCUACAACAACAUCGCUAUGGUGUAUGAUGACAUGGGCGAGUACUCGAAAGCACUUUCAUACUACGAAAGAUCACUUGAAAUCCGAAAAAUGGCCCUUCCUCCGAAUCAUCCCGAUUUGGCUAGUUCCUAUAACAACAUCGCUAUGGUGUAUGAUAGCAUGGGUGAGUACUCGAAAGCACUUUCAUCGUACGAAAGAUCACUUGAAAUUCGAAAAAUGGCUCUUCCUCCGUAUCAUCCCGACUUGGCCAGUUCCUACAACAACAUCGCUAUGGUGUAUUCUCACAUGGGUGAAUAUUCGAAAGCACUUUCAUCGUACGAAAGAUCACUUGAAAUCCAAAAAAAAGCUCUCCCUCCGAAUCAUCCUCACUUGGCUGGUUCUUAUAACAACAUCGGUAUGGUGUAUGAUAAUAUGGCCGACUACUCAAAAGCACUUGAAUUUUACGAAAAAUCACAUAAAAUCGACGAAAAAGCUCUGCCUCCGAAUCAUCCCGAUUUGGCUACUUCCUAUAACAACAUCGGUGGAGUGUAUAAUAACAUGGGUGACUACUCGAAAGCACAUUCAUCGUACGAAAGAUCGCUUGAAAUUCAAAAAAUAGCUCUUCCUCCGAAUCAUCCUGACUUGGCUGCCUCCUACAGCAACAUCGGUAACAUGUAUAAAAACAUCAGCGAAUGCUCGAAGGCACUAUCGUCACACGAACGAGCACUUGAAAUUCAAAAAAUAGCUCUCCCUCCGAAUCAUCCCGACUUGGCUUAUUCCUACAACAACAUCGGCAAUGUCUAUUACCACAUGGCCGAAUACUCGAAAGCACUUACAUUUCAUGAAAGAUCACUUGUAAUCAGAAGAAUUGCUCUGCCUCCGAAUCACCCCGACAUCGCUCAAUCUUACAACAACAUCGGUACGGUGUACUCUACUACGCGCGAGUACUCGGAAGCACUUUCAUCGUACGAACGAGCACUUGAAAUCCAAAAAAUAGCUCUUCCUCCAAACCAUCCCGGCUUGGCUACUCUCUACAACAACAUCGGUAAUGUGUAUCAAAAUAUAGGCGACUAUUCAAAAGCACUUUCAACGUACGAACGAACACUAGAAAUCCAGAAAAAAGCUCUUCCUCCGACCCAUCCUGAUAUAGCUACUUCCUACCUGAAUAUGGGUUUGGUGUAUUCUAACAUGGGCGAAUAUUCGAAAGCGCUUUCAUUACACGACCGAGCACUUGAAAUUCGGAAAAUAGCUCUUACUCCGAAUCAUUUGGACUUAGCUUCUUCCUACGACAACAUUGCUUCGACGUAUUCUGCCAUGGGCGAGUAUCCGGAAGCACUUUCAUCGUACGAACGAUCACUUGAAAUCAGAAAAAUAACUCUCACUUCAAACCAUCCCAGCAUAGCUAGUUCCUACAGCAACAUCGGUUCGGUGUAUGAUCAUAUGGGCGAGCACAUGAAAGCGCUGUCAUCGCACCAACAAGCACUUGAAAUUCAGAAAAUAGCUCCCCAUCCUAAUCAUCCCGACUUGGCUUCUUCUUAUGCCAACAUCGGUUUGGUAUAUUCUCACAUGGACGAGCACUCAAUAGCAGAUUCAUUUUAUCAACGAUCACUUGAAAUCAGAAAAAAGGCUCUCCCUACAAAUCAGUCGGACUUAGCUUCUUCCUACGACGGCAUUGGUUCAAUGUAUUCUGCCAUGCGCAAGUACCCGGAAGCACUUUCAUCGUACGAACAAUCACUUGAAAUAAGGAAAAUUACGCUCGCUUCGAACCAUCCCAGCAUAGCUCAUUCCUACAGCAACAUCGGUUCGAUGUAUGAUCAUAUGGGCGAGCACAUGAAAGCGCUGUCAUCGUACCAACGAGCACUUGAAAUUCAAAAAACAGCUCUCCAUCCUAAUCAACCCGACUUGGCUUCUUCCUAUGCUAACAUCGGUUUGGUGUAUUCUCACAUGGGCGAGUACUCAAUAGCAGUUUCAUUUUACGAACGAUCACUAGAAAUCCGGAGAAUAGCUCUCUCUCCGACUCAUCCCUCAUUGGCUGCUUUGUACGACAACAUCGGUUCGGUGUAUUCUAACAUGGGCGAGUACUCCAAAGCACUUUUAUUUCUGCAAAAAGCGCUUGAGAUACGACAAAAAUCACUGCCUCCAAAUCAUCCACAUAUUACAAAGUUGAAAACUAAAAUUGAAGAUGUAGAAAAGAAAAUGUAA